UUCAAAAUUCAUGACAUUUAAAUUCUAAAUUUGCCAAUGCCACCAACCCAACCCCAAUCUCAUUCACUCAAAAACUUCAAAGCUUAUAAAAAUCAAACCACUCAAAAAAUAAAAAAAUAGCAUCUUAGUAUAGGAGUAAUAGUUUCUUCACCGCUUUCAGCAAAAGUGUUGAUUCAGAUUGUGUAGACCAUUAUCCACAAAUUUUGAAACACCAUUCUUUCUCAUCACUUUAAAAAUGAAAGGAAUCGAUAUAUUCUGUGCAUCCCAAGCUGCAACUGCCAUAUGUCUUAGUAUGCAAGAAGCCUCAUCUUCUUCUUCUUCUUCUUCUGUAAUCCAAUUAGGCGGCGGCAACAUUUCUGCCAGCCGCCUAAUCGACCGUUACAACCCCAUCAUUAGAGAUUCGAGAAGAAUAUCUCAUUCUUCUGAUCAACCACCCAUUUUUCCAAAACCAAAGAAGAAAAUUACAUGUUCAAAACCAUCAAAAGAAAGGCAAAGUGAUUAUAAAGGUGAUGUUGUUAAGAGAAAAAGUAAUUGGAGUUGUACAAAGCCUAGUGAAUUUAUCACCCCACCUAGUUCUUCAAGGUAUCUUUUGAGUGAAAAAGAUUUGGUUGAUGCUUUAUCUGAUUAUAAUGACGAUCCAGUUUUGAAUUCCAAGUCUUGUCAUCAAGUCGAGUCUUCUCCUCCAAAGCCACCAUCUUCUUCCUCAUGCUCUGCGGACCAGGUGGUGGUUCUAAGAGUUUCACUGCACUGCAGAGGAUGUGAGAAGAAGAUGAGGAAACAUCUCUCUACAAUGGAAGGGGUGACAUCUUUCAAUAUAGACUUUGUUGCAAAGAAGGUAAUAGUAACUGGGAAUGUGACACCAUUGGAGGUUCUUGCAAGUAUUUCUAAGGUGAAAAAUGCACAACUUUGGCCACCUACAGUGGCAUCUUCAGCCCCUUCAACCAAAGCUAAUGAUUAACUCUGAGUUGAAGAAUGCAAAGCAGCUGGUUGUAUCUGAUGGAAAAUUGAAGAAUCUUUCUCGAAGUCCACCAGUUUUCCAGCUAUUGUAAAUUGAAUUUUUGUUUUAUUAGACAAAAAGAAGUGUAGCUUGGUUUGUUUUCUCUAUCUUAUGGUUUUAAUUUGUGGUAUUAGUAAGCUUCUAUUCUUGAGAUAAACAUUAAUUUGGUACCUAGUAAGUGAUUUCUUUAGCAAUCAAGUUUAAAUAAAGAUUACUCCCUAGUUCCUAACAUGGA